GGAAAAGGCUGGGGAAUUUCCAUUUCUCAUUAUAAGAGCGGCUGGGAUCAUUAAAGAAGCCGCGUUCCUCGGUGCCUGGGCUUCCGAGGAGACAGGGGGCCGAAGAGGAAAAGUGAUCCCCACAAAGUCCCAGAAUCAUUGACAAAUCCGGACAAGAACACGGACUUGUAACUACAGAGACCAGGGAUUUGUAUAUUAUCCUCAGAGGAAAGCGCUCCGAAGGUCUUCACAAGCUAUCCGGCUGGAAAAUGCCCAAAGUCAAAAGAAGCCGGAAAGCGCCGCCGGAUGGCUGGGAGUUGAUUGAACCAACGUUGGAUGAACUGGAUCAGAAGAUGAGAGAGGCUGAAACUGAGCCCCACGAGGGAAAGCGGAAAGUGGAGUCUCUGUGGCCCAUCUUCAGGAUCCACCAUCAGAAAACUCGUUACAUCUUCGACCUCUUUAACCGAAGGAAAGCCAUCAGCAGAGAGCUGUACGAGUACUGUAUUAAAGAAGGCUACGCCGACAGGAACCUCAUCGCCAAGUGGAAGAAGCAAGGCUACGAGAACCUGUGCUGCCUGCGCUGCAUUCAGACUCGGGACACCAACUUCGGGACCAACUGCAUCUGCCGGGUUCCCAAAAGCAAGCUGGAAGUGGGCCGCAUCAUCGAGUGCACGCACUGCGGCUGCCGGGGCUGCUCUGGCUGAGCCCGUGACCCUGUACUUUGGGGGACUUUGGGCCUGUGGGCUCGGGCCUGUCGGGCCUGGUGCAACAUUACAAAGGAAUUGCUUGUCAUUGCUACCACAGGUACAAAAAUAAUUUCUGAUGCAACUCCCUGAAUAAAGGUAAUGAAUCUGAAAUAGAAGAAA